GGGAUGGAGAAAACGUGUCACACCAGUCCCCGAGGGCCUUAUUGGAGUUGCCCACGACUGUUCUAGUGGCAUGCUAACGUCUGCAUGUUAGCUAACAUUUGUGUCUUCCUUUCAAAGUAAACACACCUUAAGCGUGUGUUUAGGUAGAAUAGCUUAAAUACCUACAAAAUGUAAUUGAUCUGGAAUGUUAUACCAAUCUAUUUAUUUCCGUCAAGUAGUGUACGUUUUAGUUUGUCAGUUUUAGCUUUGUUGUUUAAAAAAUAUAUACUUUCAGCUGUGUUUGAAUCUGUUGUGUAGUGUUGGGGCAAAAACCAAAGACAACAGAGCUAAAACAAACGGACAAACUAAAACGUACACUACUUGACGGAAAUAGAAUUGUAUAACAUUCCAGAUCAAUUACAUUGUGUACGUAUUUCAGCUAUUCUACCUAACGCAGUGACGAAUCUGGGAAUGUGCAUGCGUUUAAAUGAAAACAAUAGCAUAUGGUUAUUUCCGGGAAGCAGGAACAGUCUUUCCGGUCUAUGACACGUCCAAAGAUGGCAGUGCAAAUAUCUAAGAAGAGGAAGUUUGUCGCUGAUGGCAUCUUCAAAGCUGAACUGAACGAGUUCCUCACCAGAGAGCUCGCUGAGGAUGGCUACUCCGGUGUGGAGGUUCGUGUCACCCCAACCAGGACCGAAAUCAUCAUCCUGGCUACCAGGACACAAAACGUUCUUGGUGAGAAGGGGCGUCGUAUCCGUGAGCUGACUGCAGUGGUGCAGAAGAGGUUUGGCUUCCCAGAAGGCAGUGUUGAGCUGUAUGCUGAGAAGGUUGCUACUCGUGGUCUGUGCGCCAUCGCCCAGGCAGAGUCCCUGCGCUACAAGCUUCUUGGUGGUCUGGCUGUCCGUAGAGCCUGCUAUGGUGUCCUGCGCUUCAUCAUGGAGAGUGGAUCCAAGGGUUGUGAGGUGGUGGUCUCUGGAAAGCUCAGGGGUCAGAGGGCCAAAUCUAUGAAGUUCGUGGAUGGCCUCAUGAUCCACAGCGGAGACCCCGUUAACUACUACGUCGAUACUGCUGUCCGCCAUGUGCUGCUCCGUCAAGGUGUCCUGGGGAUCAAGGUGAAGAUCAUGCUGCCCUGGGAUCCCAGUGGUAAGAUCGGCCCCAAGAAGCCUCUCCCCGACCACGUGAGCAUCGUGGAACCCAAGGACGAGCAGGUCCCUUCAACCCCCAUCUCAGAGCAGAAGGGAGCCAAGCCGGAGGCCGCUGCCGUCGCACCUGCGACACCCGUCCCUACAGCAUAACCAUGAGGGAGCCCCAAACCAGAGUCACAAUUUUCCCUGUGUAAGGCAGGUUUAGCGACGUGUUAAAGAGGCAGGAUAAGUUCCAGUACAAGUUCCAGUACAGCUUGCACAGUGCUGCUUUGUCGUUCCCCCUGAACACAACCCUGUUUCCUACUAUCUCGGUCUGUCUGCAUCCCACAGCUGGCAGGGACGCUUGGUUUCAGACACCACUUCGCCCGUUGACAUAAAUCUAUGCAUUUUGUUAGCAUAGCCUAAAGGGAGUGCUAAAAAUGUUAAGGUAGCAAAAUGUCUGAUCUAAUUUUCCCUAUUAAAAAAAAUAAAAAUAUUGAACAGGUCAUCAUGAGUCAUCUGGAAAUUCUCCAAAUACCUUUUUUCAAUUGUUGAUAAAAAUAAUUUUAAAAAUA